AUGCAUGUAGUUAUGAGCGUUGAGACAAAUAUAAAAUGGAAUGGUGCAACGUCAGAGUUUUUUCGUCCUAGUAGGGGGAUCCGUCAAGGAGAUCCUAUAUCUUCUUACAUCUUUGUGCUAUGUUUGGAUAAACUUUCUCAUCUUAUCACUUUAGCACUCGAUGAUGGAAACUGGAGGGCAAUCAGAGUUGGCAAGAAAGGACUGACGGUUUCUCACCUUAUGUUUGUAGAUGAUCUCCUCUUGUUUGGAAAAGCAACUGCAGCUCAAAUGAAGUAUGUUACAAGCAUUUUUGACAAAUUAAGUAGUAUGUCUGGCCAACAAGUUAGUCAUGAGAAAACACGAGUUUAUUUCUCUAAGAAUGUGAACAGGAGUAAGUGA